GUGCUCAAAUUAUAUGGAAAGCUAGUUUAGGCAACUUGCUGUCAAGUUUUUUAGCUUACUAUGUGUUUCCCAAAAGAGAAUCAAUGAAUCAACAAGUAUUUGGAUUCAAACGUGUUCUAUCGAAUAUGCCAUUAAAAAGAUUUUUAUAAAUUUUAUUCGUUUACUUUUUCUGAACAGUUGUUUAGUGUUCGUUGUCAAUGGGCAACAUUUGAUUUACCAGCAUUAGCAUUACACGCCAAUAUAAUACAGUUCAAUGGGUACAAUGCUUGUUCUGAUUGUAAAAUACAUGGAACAUUAAUUAAGAAACAAGUUUUUUAUCCAUAUAGUGAACAAGGUUAUCCCCCAAAACAGACCAUGAUUAUAUGAAUCUUGCAUUAGGAAAUGCACCCAAAGCUUUAGGUGUGUUAAGAGUGGCUUGUUUUUUGAUUUAAUUUAUAAGAGAAAAUCAUCUUCUUUUCUUCUAUUGAACAAUAGUGAAACAAAUAGUACAAUCACCUAUGAAAAAAUGAAUAAUGGUUUAUUUAAUCCAGGUAUACAUUCACGUGGUAAAAAGCGUUCACAUGACACAGUCAGUUCUGUUAGCGAUACACAUAAUCAAAGCGAUGCUGAUGAUAAUGGAAGUAUUAGUGAACCACCGACAACAAGUAAUUGUUGUAAUUGUGAUGAACUUCGUAAAUUGUUAAAUUUAUUAGAUAAUCGUGUAAAAAGAUUAGAACAGAUUGCUAGAAUUAACCGAACAAGCUAUUAUCGAAAACCUGAUGUAAGUAGUCGAGCAAGUAUCAUUUUUGUCAAUACUAUGAAUGUUACUAUACGAAGGGUUGAUCAGUUAUACAAG